CCAAGUGUGAGGAGUGAAGGGGCGCAGCCUACACCAGUCGUUCUCCAGCAACUGAGAGACAGAGACAGGAAGAGACAAACAGACAGACAGACAGAAAAAAUGCGCCCAAGUGUUGUCCUGUUGGUGGUGGCGGCGGCGGUGGUGGUGGUGGUGGUGGCUGAAGAUGCUCAACAAAGUACUUCCCACCCUUGUGAAGGCUUCGUCAUCUGCGAUAGGAUCUAUGAUCCCUUGUGUGGCAGUGACGGCAAGACUUACGGCAACAAAUGUGAACUGGAGAGUGAAAAUUGCUUCUUCAAUCCAGACCUGACAGUGGCGUACGAGGGCAAGUGUGAAGAGGAGGCCACGGAGGCUGCAGAGGUGGUGUGGUAGUGUAGGACAUGGUUGUAGGAUACGAAGUAACAAGAAAAAAGUGACAUGAAAAAAGUGACGGAAAACAAAGUAACAAGAUAGAAGAAAGUAACAUAGGAAUUGAAUGCUUGUGUUUCUAUUUCUAAUGUAAACUUAACCUAACCUAACACACACACACACACACACACACACACAGAGAGAGAGAGAGAGAGAGAGAGAGAGAGAGAGAGAGAGAGAGAGAGAGAGAGAGAGAGAGAGAGAGAGAGAGAGAGA